AUGGGUUUCGAAGAGUUAGGUGUAUCCAAAUGGUUAUGUGAAACCUUAAAUAAUAUGAAAAUCUAUGAACCUUCUUCUAUUCAAAAAGCAUGUAUUCCCGAAAUUUUAAAAGGUAAAAAUUGUAUUGGUGGUGCUAAGACUGGUAGUGGUAAAACUAUAGCCUUUGGUUUACCAAUGUUGAACAAAUGGGCAGAAGAUCCAUUUGCCAUUUGUGGAUUGGUAUUAACACCCACCAGAGAAUUGGCUAUUCAAAUAGCUGAACAAUUCACUGCAUUAGGUUCUUCAAUGAAUAUCAGAGUAGAAGUUAUUGUGGGGGGAGAAGAUAUGAUUAAACAAGCACUUAAGAUCCAACAAAAACCUCAUUUUAUCAUUGCAACUCCAGGAAGAUUAGCUGAUCAUAUCAUGCAUAGUGGUGAAGAUACCAUCAAUGGGUUAAGAAGAGUCAAGUAUUUGGUUCUUGAUGAAGCUGAUAGAUUGUUAAGUAAUAGUUUCGGUAAAGAUCUUCAGAGGAUUUUCGGAAUUAUACCUGAUUCCAAGAAAAGACAAACCCUAUUAUUCACAGCUACUGUUACUGAUGCUGUGAGAGCAUUAAAAGAAAAAGACGAUAAAGUAUUUGUUCACGAAGUUGAAAGUUUCGAUAAAUUCAUAAUACCUGCUACUUUAUCGAAAUAUUAUGUGUUAGUUCCUUCACAAGUUAAAGAACCUUAUUUACAUCAAAUCUUGAAAUUACCCAAAUAUGAUAAUAAGAUCGGAAUAAUUUUUGUCAAUAGAACUAAAACUGCAGAAUUAAUCAGAAGAAUGCUCAGAAAAUUAGAAUUCAGAGUUACUUCUUUACAUUCAGAAAUGCCACAAAGUGAAAGAGUUAACUCGAUACAUAGAUUCAAAGCCGGUGCGGCAAAAAUCUUGAUCGCAACUGAUGUGGCUUCAAGAGGGUUAGAUAUACCCAAUGUGGAAUUCGUUAUAAAUUAUGACAUGCCAGCAGAUCCUGAUGAUUUUGUUCAUAGAGUUGGUAGAACUGCUAGAGCUGGUAAAAAAGGUGAUUCCAUAUCAAUGAUAACUGAAAAUGACGUUGUUAGAAUCUUAGCCAUUGAAGAAAGAAUCAACGAUAAACUUACCCUUCUUGAAGAAGUCAAAGACGAUGUAACUGUAAAUGAAUAUUUGAAAGUUACUACUGAAGCUAAACGUGAAAGUUUGAUGGAAAUGGAUAGAGAAGGAUUCGGUGAACUCAAAGCUAAAAACAAAAGAAAGCAUGAACAAACCAAUUCCAAAUCAAAAAAAUCAAAACCUUCUAAGAAAUCCAAAGACAUAUAA